AUGGUCUCCUUCACUGCUCUUUUUACUUCCGGCCUUCUGGCUACUUCUGCCUUCGCGGCUCCCUUCACCCAUGUGAAGCGCGACAACACCACUAGCUCUAGCAAGCGUGGUGCCGCUUACAACGACAUCAACACUGUCUCGCCUCUCACCACCGAUGGCACUAUUUCCUGGGCCUACAACUGGGGUAUGUGGUCGUUCGGCGACCUGCCUUCCAAUGUUGAGUAUGUCCCUAUGCUCUGGGGCAGCCAGUACUUCACUGGCUGGGUUGCUGCCAUUGAGACUGCCUUGUCCGGCGGCAGUGACUACAUCCUUGGCUUCAACGAGCCCGAUAUGCCUUCGCAGGCCGAUAUGACCCCUGCCGAUGCUGCCUCCUACUACACCCAGUACAUCACCCCGUACUCCGGCCAGGCCAAGCUGAUCUCUCCCUCCGUCACCUCUUCCACCGAAAGUGGCGCUGGUCUGUCCUGGAUGACCGAGUUCUUGGGCGACUGCAGCUCUUGCGGCCUCACCGGUCUUGCCGUCCACUGGUACGGUACCACCGCCGAGGAGUUCGAGUCCUUCAUUACCCAAGCUAUCACCACCGCCCAGGAGUACAGCCUGACUGAGGUCUGGAUCACCGAGUUCGCCCUGAACGCUGACGUCAACGGCGUCGCCGACGCUUCCACCACCGCCGCUUUCCUCGACACUGUCCAGCCCUGGUUGGACUCUCAGUCCAUGGUCACUCGCUACUCCUACUUCAUGUGUGCUGAGAACUACCUGCUCACCGAUAACGCUCUCAAUGCCGUUGGUGACGCUUACGUUUCCUCUUCCAACUAA